AUGUCACGAGUGAAAUUGCCCGAUAUAAAGCUUCCCACAUUUAGCGGCAACUUGAUGCAGUGGAUUACCUUUCGUGAUAGCUUUCGAUCUCUAAUUCAUUAUAACAAAUCGCUCUCUGCAAUUGACAAGUUCACUUACCUGCGUGCUUCGGUCAACGGCGAAGCGCUGCAGGAAAUUCAGACAAUCGAACUUACCGAAGUAAACUACGAUGUAGCGUGGAGUGCUCUAGAAAAACGUUACGAGAAUAAAAAACUGAUUCUUAAAACCCACUUGGAUGCCAUAUUUGCGGCGGAGCCAGUACGUAAGGAAAGUUUUGAGGCGUUGAAUCAGCUACUAGGUACGUUUGAUAAAAAUUUGCAAAUGAUUGAGAAGCUGGGAAUCACUACGAAUGAAUGGUCUAUUCUUUUAGCGUAUAUUCUGAGCUCAAAGUUAGAUUCUGUUAUACUGCGGAAUUGGGAAACACAUUUCAACUCAAGGGAGUUUGUGAGAUACGAAGCUUUAACGGGAUUUCUGCGCGAGCAAUGCUCGGUGUUGCAGUUCAUGACGCCAUCGAAAGCAUCUAAUGCAGAACGUCAUCAAGCAAAAUACGCCUCCGUUCAUUCGGUGUCUGUUGAACCACCCAGCUGUUGCUUCUGUAGUGGACCUCAACAUAAUGUAUUCCAGUGCUCCGGAGUUCGCAAGAUGAGUAGUUCGGAUAGGGUCGCCACGGUGAAGAGAAAUAUGCUCUGUUUUAAUUGUUUAUCCCCUGGUCACAGAGUAAGUAAAUGUUCAAGAGGUUUUUGUUCAGUUUGCAAACGAGAGCAUCAUACACUACUGCAUGAAUAUUAUGCAAGUGCACAACGCCCAAAUACCUCUACAGCUCGUGUUCCGCAAGCGCCGCCGCGACCUCAUCAAGCGAACAUACAGGUGCAACCACCACAAUUGAAGCCACAAAAUCAUUCACAGCCACCUCAAGCCACACAACACUCUACACGCACACUCGCUUCGAGCAGCAACUCACAGCAAUCAAGCUCACAACCCAACACAGAAAACACUGCCACAUGCAAUCAAGCCGUUGCAAUGGUUGCAAAUACCAUACGUUCUACUCGAGAAGUUUUGUUGUCCACCGCGAUUAUAAGAAUCCGCGAUCCGCUUGGCAACACAAUAUUUGCACGUGCUCUACUAGACAGUGCUCCUCAGAGAAAUCUUAUGACAAGGAGAAUAGCACAGAAAUUAAGAUGCAAGCCGAUUUCAGACUAUUUGAGGGUGAAAGGACUCGGAUCAUCUGAGACAACGUCAUCAACUGCUCUGGUAGCAACUAUUUUGGCUCGUUCGUCAGCAAUUUCCGAGUAUACGCAGCCAAUGAAAUUUCAUGUUUUAUCUAAGGUCACAUCAAACAUUCCAUUGAACCCUCUGCAACAGUUGGAGACGCCCAAGGCGAUUAUGCUCGCUGAUCCACAGUUCAAUAUACCCAGUGGUGUGGAUCUUAUAAUUGGAGCAGAAUUUUUCAACGAUUUACUGUGUAAGGGAAGGCAGCGGCUAGGAGAGCAUGGUCCUACAAUCCAAAAUACGUUACUCGGUUGGAUAGUGUCAGGAGCAGAGCUUUGA